AUGGCUAUCGCCGAGGCCCCCCCUAUCCUGAACUUCUCAUCCUUCUACGGGGACGACGAAGAGGCCAAAGCCAGAUUGAUAGCCCAAGUCAGGAAGUGUUGCCUCCAUAAUGGCUUCUUCCAGAUCGUUGGGCACAAUGUUCCCGCCGAACUUCAAGAGGCUGUUCUCGAGUGCGUGAAGAAGUUCUUCUCGCUGCCUCAAGAAGACAAGGAGCUCGUGCUAAAAGAGAAGAACACCUGGAACAGAGGCUACGAGAAGAUCGGAUCCCAGAUCCUGGAGGCCGGCACGGCUCCAGACCUCAAGGAGGGAUUUUAUAUCGGAGAAGAGAUCCCGACAGACCACCCGUACUUUGUGCACAAGAGACUCAACAGCGGGCCCAACUUUUGGCCCGAGACGAUGGAGGGCGUCGAAGAGUUCAAGGCGACGUGCACAUCGUACUACAAGGCCAUGCACGCGCUCGCCCGGGACGUGCUCGUCGUCAUCGCACAGACGCUCGACCUCGACGCGAGCUUCUUCAAGGACUUCACGACCGACGCCGUCGCGACCCUGCGGUUCCUGCACUACCCGCCGCAACCGCCGGACUCGGACGAGAAGAUCUCGAGGGGCAUCGGCGCGCACACGGACUUUGGAUCUGUCACGCUGCUCAUGCAGGACGAGGUCGACGGGCUCCAGGUCUACGAGAAGAGCACCGACGAGUGGCUCGACGUCGUCCCCGUCAAGGGCGCCUACGUCGUCAACCUGGGAGACAUGUUUCAGCGGUGGUCCAACGACUUGUACGUGAGCAAUACCCACAGGGUCAUCAACAAAAGCGGCAAGGAGCGCUACUCGAUCCCCUUCUUCUACAGCGGGAAUCCGGACUACGUGAUUGAAUGUCUGCCAAACUGCCGCAGGGAGGGCGAGUCGUCAAAGUACCCUCCCGACUCGGUCGAAGGGAUCGUGGGUGGUAGCUACAAGAAGAGUUAUGGUGCUGCGGAAGCUUUCAAGAAGACCACCCCGACGGCGGCGCCAACUGCGAUAUCAGUAUGA